UGUCAGGUUUGUUUAUUUAAAUUGGAAGCCGCUGAAGUGAAAAUAUGCGGAAGCACCAGUUCAUAUAGAAACAGACUGAACUUUUUAGCCUAGCUUACCAAUGGACAGUUUGUAAUAAUACCUGCAUUCAAUGCGCUAUCUGUGUUGUUUUUUCACGUAAUUUUUUAAAUGUUUUUGGUAAAUAUUCUUUAUGUAGGACUAUUUUGUUUAAAGUUUAGGCAUGCCAUCCCCACACGUCCCUCUGCUACGGCGGCCUCUACCUCCCAAAAAGCUGUCCCCCCUCGAGCCGCGGGCGUCUCCCCUUCUCUCCGUCUCUGCUUCUCAACAGGAAUCAGAGGAGCAUGAGAAGAGAGGUUCUCGCUGCCUGACUCCUGGUGCAUCAUGGGGAAGUGCUGUGACCCUGCCCCCUGCCAGGCCACAGCCCACCCCUGUCCUCCCCGCCGCGGACCCUCCCCCCUGCCAGCCCAUAAUGUUCCCGCCGUUCCCCUGCCGCCCCCCACGCACGCUACCCACAAUGCCCCUGCUGCACCUGCUCCUGGAGCAGCCCCGCUAUGCCCCGCCCCCACCACAGUUCCUGCUCAACGACUUCCUGCUGCAGCUGGGACACAGCCGUGCACAUCAGCGCUUGAGUAGGAGGCGGGUCUCUGUCUACCCCUACAGGAAGCUACUGGAGCACUUCCUGUUUGACCUGCAUAGCAGCAAACAGACAGAGGUGGCCAAUCAGAUUCUGUCCUCUGAACAAAUCCCGCCCACGAAGUGCAGAGUGCCUCAGAGACAAAUGCUGUGUGAGCUCCAGGCUUUUAUUCAUAUGGAGUAUCAGGUGCAGUCUCUGAGGAGUGUGUGUGUGUGUGAGCACACGUCUCUGGAGGAGUGGCCUCCACAAGACUCACCCGACAGCAGUGUGACACACUACCUAGGAAGUGAGGUCAUCCUGAAUUCUGUGACCACCAAGCACUUCCAGGGCGGGCGGCGCACGCACUCCCCUUUUGAGCCCACAGGGGGGUGGGGGGGGGUGAGUCCUUCCCAGCUCGCCAUCCUGGACUGUCUCAACCAGGGGGGCACGGACCUCAACCUCAAGGCCCAUUUCAUCAGCCAGCUUCCAGAUUUGUCUUUACUGGCUGACACUCUGGUGUAUCUAAACCUGUCCUUCAACAACCUCUCUGAGUUUCCCCUAGAGCUGUGUUCCCUGCAGUCUCUCCAGAAGCUGAAGUUGAGGGAUAACCCUCUGCUGCUCCUCCCUGCUGAGAUCCACAGACUGACCAGCCUCAACACACUAGUGCUCUCCUUCUGCAAACUAGACCACCUGCCCUCAGAGUAA